AUGACUUCCCGUAGAACCAUAUCCAAAACACCCGCCGAUACUGGUUAUAGUAGUUCCGAGUCAGAUGCUGCUCCCAAACGGACUCGACGCCCUCCCAGCACCGGUAAUGGCGGCUCUCUAUCAGACACUCAAGACGCAAACCUUCAUACGUCAUUGAACUCCUCUCCAAUAGUGAAGGCCCGGAAGCAACGACAGCAACAAAACUGGAAGCUUGUCCACAGACAAUGCUUACAGGGUUUUAAGGAGGCUGAUAGAGAGCGGGACGAGCUCACACGAUCUAUACAGCGACUAGAGGCCGACAACGCCCGAGCCACAGCAAAGAUUCGCCAGCUGAGUGACACCAAUGACCAGAAUCUGGCCAAGAUUCAAACACUUGAGGUCCAAAAAUCCAAUCUGAAACAGCAAAUCGACGCUGCACAGGUUGGUAGCGCAGCCGGUGAUAAUCUGUUGCCCAUAAUACUGGAGGUCAGCGGCAAUUUUCAAUAUGCGCAGAGCCAGCUCGAGAAGAAGAUAGAUUUAGAGAGAAACGCAGAGAAAAACAAGCUUACAUUUGCUGGCUUCCCUGCUUCUGAUGUGUUACAGCCAUCCUGGCCGGUCUAUAACAGCCAGAUAGGUUCGCUUGGGACCAACCCGCUACAAAGCUAUUCACUACCGAAUACACUUCCUUUGACCAAUCAACAAACGCCAACCCAAGCAAAUCAGCAACCUCUCCCAACAGUUAGCCAAUAUAUACCGCAAUUUUGA